AUGCCAAAAGGGGUUAACCUCUCCUAUAUCACAUUGGUGCCGAAAAAAAAGGUUACCUCGGAAUUCAAAGAGUAUCGCCCAAUUAGUUUGAUCCAUGGUAUUUACAAGAUUAUUGCGAAGAUUUUGUCCAGCAGACUAAAGGAAGUAAUAGGCAGCUUGAUUAGUGAUAAUCAGACUGCUUUUAUAGCAGACAGACAAAUUGUUGAUGGUUUUAUGGUAGCUAAUGAAGUGGUUUAUGAUCUAAAAAGCAGUCGCAGAUCAGGUCUCAUAUUCAAGGUUGACUUCCAAAAAGCUUUUGAUUCAGUUUUAUGGGACUGCAUUGAUGAGGUGAUGACUUACAUGGGUUUUGGUAUUAAAUGGAGAGGGUGGAUUUCCUCCUGCUUGUCUACUGGUCAGGUUUCAGUUUUAGUCAAUGGCUCUCCUUCCCCAGAAUUCAAAGUGGGGCGAGGUAUUAGGCAAGGUGAUCCCCUAUCCCCCUUUCUCUUUAAUAUUGCUGCCGAAGGACUAUCUGUUCUCUUUCAACGUGCGGCAAACUCCAACAUCUUUCGGGGUAUUGAUUUUGGCUCUAAUAACUUUUUAAGUCACCUACAAUAUGCAGAUGACACUCUUGUCUUUAUGCUAGCUAGUUUGCAUGCCCUUCAGUCAGUUAAAAGAGUCUUAAGGUGGUUUGCUCUAUGCUCAGGCUUGCACAUUAAUUUUUUUAAGAGUUCUCUUAUAGGAAUAAAUGUUGAUGACUCUUGCUUGGAUGAGUUCGCAAAAUCAGUUUUCUGCAGGCAUGAUUCUCUUCCAUGUAACUAUCUGGGUAUGCCUUUGGGGUCUAAUCCUAGAAGGAUUUCAACAUGGAAACCCAUCAUUGAUAAGUUUCGAAAGAAACUCACCUCGUGGAAAGGGAGAAUGUUAAGCAUGGCCGGUCGCAUUUGCCUUAUCAAAAGUGUGUUGAACUCCCUUCCUUUGUACUUCAUGUCCAUCUUCCUUAUGCCAAAAGGUGUGUGUCGCUUACUUACUUCAAUCCAACGCAAAUUCUUAUGGUCCGGAACUGUAAAAAUGAGAAAAAUUUGCAAAGUCCAAUGGAGUGUGGUUGUUAGAGAUAAGGAUAGGGGUGGCCUUGGGAUUGGGUCAUUGAUAGCCAAGAAUAAAGCAAUGCUCUUCAAGUGGAUUUGGAGGCUAUCUCUUCCUGGUAAUGAGCUAUGGAAGAAGAUGGUAAUCACCAAAUUCAAGCCGGUAUUUGAAAAUGAUUUUCCUAUUUUUAAUAGAAGAUUGUCUUGUAUCUGGAGAGACAUCUCAUCCCUCAUGACUUCAACAGACUCUGUCUCCUCAGCUUUAGCCAAUAAUUGCAGAUUUGUAGUGGGAAAUGGCUAUCUCACUCGGUUUUGGUCUGAUGCUUGGAUUAACAGCUCUCCAUUGAAAGUCAUUUACCCACGACUCUAUAUUCUUUCCACUAAACCAAAUGCCACAAUUGCUGAUAUGGGAAAUUGGGAGCAAGGGGAAUGGAAGUGGGAGUUAGCUUGGAGGAGACAAUUGUUUCUCUUUGAAACUGAGCAGGUUGUCUCCCUUCUCUCAUCUCUAGAAAGCUUUCGGCUAAAGGCAACAACAACAGAUAAGAAAGUUUGGUCCUUUUCAACAGAUGGGGGUUAUACAGUUAAAACUUGUUCUUUACUAAUUGACAGAAUUGUGAAUCCAGGGCUUAGAACUUUUAAGGCUUCGAUAUGGCAAAAAGGGGUCCCUCCUAAGGUUCAAUCUUUUCUUUGGCUAGCUGUUCAGAAUAGAUUAUGCACUAAGGAUUUCUUACUUUGCCGCAAUAUAAUCCGAUUUGAUCAAGCCUUUUGCAUCUUUUGUGAAAAUGAGAUUGAAACUUCAAAUCAUCUUCUCCUUCAUUGUAGACCAGUGUGGAAAUUAUGGAUGAAAUUCUUGGAUUGGUGGGGUAUUAGUGGUUGCCUUCCCUGCUGUGUGGAUGAUCUUUUACAUCAGUGGCCCAACCUAGUAUUUGGAAAAUUCCAGCGUAAGGCUUGGUCUAUGCUCUCUUGUUGUGUUAGCUGGAGUAUAUGGCUUAUGAGGAACAAAGUAAUCUUCAAUGAUGGAGCUGCGACCUUCGAAGACAGUUUCUCCUUAAUUCUUUAUCGCCUCUCAAAUUGGCUCAAGUCUGUCGAUAAGUUCUUCAUGGCUACUGGCACUACUUUAACUAUGGGACCUGAAGGGAGAAGAAAGAAGCGUGGAAAACAGGAUCGUUCUCAGGUAUCAUUAGGAAUUGUUUCUAGGAGGAAAAAGUAUAAGGUUAGGUUUCUUAUUGCCAGAGGCAGUUUGACAGAGAUGGAUAAGGAGGUUAGUGACAACUCUAUGGACUCCACUAUUGCCAACGUCAAUGGAAGGUUGGAAAAACUGGCAGCUGAUACUGAACCCACAAUAGUCUAUAGCUCUGAACGUGAGGUGGCAGCUACACAUCACCUUGGCAAGGUUUUAGGUAUUCAUAGAGAUACUAAUGAUGGUUUGGAUGCUGAACAUAUUCGGAGGCAGAUUGAUAUGAAAUAUAUAGAAGGAAUGGUUGGACUCCCUCUGAGUUCUUGCUCUGGUGCCCCAAGGUUAUGA